AUGGACCUCAACAAGCAACAAGACGACCCGCACGGCGUGCAGGCCCUCCUGGCGCGGCUACGACAGCAACAGGAUGCCGCAUCGUCCUCGACUUCGUCUGCUCCAUCUCCCUAUUCCUACGCACCGGCCUCGUCUACGGCGGCCACAAACGCACCCAUCCCAGGUCUAGCCGACUCCUACGCCUACUACCCCUCGACUUCCUCCGCGGCCUACUCGCCCGCGUCUCCCGCAGCAGCAGCAACGGCGCCGAAGCGGAGGACGUACAACGUUCAGCCGCGUUACGGCACAGGGCACCACUUCGACGACAGCCAGGCCUACGAUCCCUACGGACCCGCAAUCACUGUCGAUGAACCGAUAUCUGCUACUUUGGCGACCAAGAGGAAGCACGAGGACGACGAGGCCCGGGUCGACUCGCCAUCUUCGUCGUCCAGCAAAUCGCGCUCGCCACCCAACGCAAAGUCGCCAGACCCCUCGACGACCUCCGCAACCGCAGCCGGGAAGGCAGCACCGCCUCCUCCCAACCUGCGCGACCUCUCGUUCCCCGCCGCCCUGCCGCACCUCACCGAGCUGAGCCAGUCGAGCACCUUCCUCUCGUCGCUCUCUUCGCUCAAAAAGGGUCAGGACGACCUCGAACGCUCCCUCCACGCCUCGUACGCACGCCUGCAAAAGACCCUCUCCCGCCCCGGCGUCGACCCAAAGACGCGCAAGUACGAGCAGGAAAAGCUGGCACGCUCGCUGCUCCAGAAGUGGGAAGAGGAGACGGCCAGGCAGCAACGAAAGCUCGAGGAGUGCAGGGUCCCCUGCUGCUUUGAGACCGAGGACGUGGGCAGGAGGAAGCGCAUGAGGAGGGUCGUAGAGGUCGCAGAGGGCAUGCUGGACGAGUAG